AGUCUCUCCAUAUUUUUCUCUCCUCCCACUCCUCCUCGUUCCUCCAAUUAAAACUCCCAACGUUCCUCCUCCUGACAAAAAUAAAAAUCCCCAAAUUCUCUCUUCCAAGCUAUCAAAACCCACAGCCCUGACCGACACGAUUACCCCGGUUCGAUCUCAUCUCGGCAUCCCAUGAUGCCGGGGAGCGAAGAACGACAGCCGCUGCUGGUGCCUGGGCCGCCGCAGCAGCAGCAGCGUAUCCCCGACAAUGCCCUGUUCGGGAAGUACGAGCUCGGCAAGCUCCUCGGGUGCGGCGCCUUCGCCAAAGUCUACCACGCCCGCAACGUUCUCACUGGCCAGAGUGUCGCCGUGAAAGUCAUCAACAAGAAGAAGCUCACCGGCACCAACCUCAUGUCCAACAUCAAGCGCGAGAUCACCAUCAUGCGCCGGCUCCGCCACCCCAACAUCGUCAAGCUCUACGAGGUUCUCGCCUCCAAGACCAAGAUCUACUUCGUCGUGGAGUUCGUCAAAGGCGGUGAGCUUUUUGCCAAGGUGUCGAAGGGGCGGUUCUCGGAGAAUCUCAGCCGGAAAUACUUUCAGCAGCUCAUCUCCGCCGUCGGGUACUGCCACUCCCGCGGGAUCUACCACCGCGAUUUGAAACCCGAGAAUUUGUUGGUUGACGAGAACGGGAAUUUGAAGGUCUCUGAUUUCGGGCUCAGCGCCGUGGCCGACCAGAUCCGACCCGACGGGCUCCUCCACACGCUUUGCGGGACCCCUGCUUACGUGGCGCCGGAGAUUUUGACGAAGAAGGGAUACGACGGCGCGAAGGUGGAUGUGUGGUCGUGCGGUGUGAUACUGUACGUUUUGAACACCGGAUAUUUGCCGUUCAACGACCCCAAUCUGAUGGCGAUGUAUAAGAAGAUUUACAAGGGCGAGUUCCGGUGCCCGAAAUGGAUGUCGGCGGAUCUGAAGCGGUUUUUGGGUCGGCUCAUGGAUACCAACCCGGCGACCCGGAUUACGAUCGACGAGAUUUUGAAGGACCCGUGGUUCAGAAAAGGCGGGUACAAGGAGAUCAAAUUCUACGACGACGAUUGUUCGAUGGACGACGCCAAAAUCGGCGGCGAGGAGGAGCAGAAGGGCGUGACGAGCCUGAACGCGUUCGAUUUGAUUUCGUUCUCGGCCGGGUUGGACCUGUCCGGGUUGUUCGAGUCGUCGAGCAGCAGCCCUGCGGAGGACGGCGAGCGCUUUAUAUCGGAGGAGACGGUGGAGAAGGUGAUGGAGAGAGUGGCCGAGUUUGCCAAGACGGAGAAGUUGAGGGUGAGGAGGAAGAAGGAUUGGGGACUGGAGAUGGAAGGGCAGAAUGGAAAUUUAUCAAUUGCUGUGGAGGUUUACAGAUUGACGGAUAAUCUGGUGGUGGUGGAGGCCAAGAGGACGGGCGGAGACGCCGCCCCGUUCAAGGAGAUGUGGAAGAACAAGCUCAGGCCUUAUCUGAUCUGCCCAAAUGAUCAAAGCAUCUCAUCGUCCAUAUCAACUCCGUCGUCUUCUUCCUCCUCGCUCCCUUGCCCAGUCAACGAAUGCUGAUCGUGGGUGUCGAACGACAGGUCGUUUUCUGGAGUGGCAAUUAAAAUUAAUCCAGUAAUUAAUAAAAAAAAAAUGAAAAAAAAAAAAUUGGUGAUGGUUUUGUUGUGUUUGUACUGGGAAAUAAAUAAAAACACAGGAUUACAAGCCGAUUUUGUAAUCUGGGGUUAAUGCUGGGAUUAGUGAGAGGAUAUAUGUGUUAUGUACAGAUGAUGAUUUGUAGCCUUUGAUAGGCCUCAUCAACAGAGGAUGAAGGGUUAGAUUCAAAUCGAAUCAAAACCCUGACUCUUUUUGCAAUGCAUCUUGUAUAAUUGUAUUAAUUCAUUCUUUUUAUGAUUUCAAUUUCUGUGUUUGUA